AAGAUUACGGAAUGGUUAGCUGUUCGCGAAGACCGAAUGCCUGGUGGACGGAACGGAAGUGCCAUUUACAGCCUCUAUAGGGAACUUAUCGAGAUUGAUCAAAUUGAUAAACUUAUAAAUCUACGCGGAUUGAGGAUUGCUCCACUAAGAGACAGUCGAGAAGAGCUUGCUCCUGCCUGUCAACGUCUGAGUCGUAUAGGAGACGAGAUCGUUGAACAGUUAGUGGAGUGGACAAAAAUGCUGCCAUUCUAUUGUGAAUUGCCUGUGGAGAUUCAUACGCAUCUUCUUACCCAACGUUGGGCCGAACUGGUUUUGCUCUCUGCCUGUUUCUAUUCAUGCUCCACUUCAACAUCAUCAAAUGACGAGACAGCUGUAUCAACGACGACAAUUGACGGGAACGAAGAGGUGUCUUUUCUCGACCCUUCGAUUAACAUUCGUCUUCUGCAAAAACGUCUUUCGGCUGUUAUGGGCAAGGCUAUUCCUCUUGAACAUGUAACAAAAGAAGCCGGCCCUCUCGUUGAGAAAUUCACCGCGUUACUUCACUCGUUUUCAAAAAUGAGAAUUACAACUGAAGCAUACGUUUGUAUUAAAGCCAUAACUCUCCUUCACUACACUACCACUUCUGAGGGAACGGAUAACAACAAUGUGGAGAAGUCUCCAUUCGUUCGAAAGGUCACUCUCAUUCAAGAUCAGUUCGUAAAGGCGCUGCAGGUUCAUCUCAUUCAGAACGAAGAAGGAACUCGACUAAGCGAUAUUCUGACCUGGCUUCCUAUGCUCCACAAUGCUUCCUCAGUUCUACUUCAUUCGAAAAUGUUCUACGUGCCUUUUCUGAUUUGCAAAAAUCCUCAUCGAUUCGCCGGUCAAGAUGAUUAUCCCGAAUCGAAUUAA